AUGGAGACGCUAUGGGCACGGCUCAAUUUGAUCUCCCCUGCUGCUCGGGGAAUGUCAUCUCCCCACCGAAAGGAAUGCCUUGAUUAUCAGAUGAAUGACUCCAAUUUCUGCAAGAUGAUUCGCAUGAAAAGGACUCUAUGCCGGAAAUACAAACUGGCUAGGAAUGGUAUCUUAGAAAGUGGAAAGGCAUUUGACAGACUCGAUGAAGCAGCACCCUCACAUUUGAAGACAGAAUGGUUAGCCAGGGAGAGGAUAGCUCAGUCAAGCAGAUUGAAUGAUCCUUCAGCCAUGGAUGAAUAUGAGAUCAAUAUCAAAAAGGCACCUAGCAAAAAGGAGAUCGAGCUUAGAUUGUUAGAGGAGGGUAACGCCCGCAAUGCAGCACCCUCUCGCAGAUCUGUGGUGACAUGGAUAUCAACAGGGUUAGCAAUUGAAGAGGCUCAGAUUGCAUUGCUCAUCGAGGUCCGAAGGAUCGGAAGAAGAUCCACAGAGACACAGAGAUUAGACAUUGCCCGUCAAAGAGAUCGGCUCCAAGGCCAGAUAGAUGGAUUUGCUCGGUCUGCUCUAACACAUCUCGGGGAGGGAUUUGAUGCAGAUGAUGAACCUGAAGACUUGGACGUAGACAUUCUAGAUGAUCUCGAUGAUGACCUGGCGGAUUUCACAGAGACAUCUCACACAUGGACAAACUCUCCCGAGCUAACUGUAAUCCCAUUGCCAUCAAACCUGGGGGUUGACAGAUGCAGACGAUGCAUGGCAGAGGAUCUGAUUCCCCUGGAGAUGUCGCUUGGUGAAGGGCAGGCCAAUGAUGCCCUUCACAAUCUCCGCAUUUACCUUUGCAACAAGGCCAUCCUGUUCCGAACAACCGUUAGGCAGGCCAAUUCCCAGGCCCUGAAAACUCGAGCUUGGUCCCAGGUAACGUUGGUGCAGCAGGCAGUCUCCCUCCAUGCCAGCAUAUAUACAAAGACAAGGAAGCAAAUGAUGAAACUUGAGCCGGGGCAAGACCAGCUUCAGAAAUACAAACCCCUGCUUCGCGAGCAACUCAAAAUCAGCACUGCAGUGGGCGACCCAAAUGCCCGAGGUCAACGAAAUGAAUCUUUGGCUUGGUUUUGGUCUGUUGAAGUCGACCUCGGGGAUCAAUCGUGGAAUGAAGAAUUUUACCGAGUCCAUUGGCUGAGGGCAAAGGCACUAUGGGAUCGAUGGAGGGAAGAAAUGCUAUUGGUCACAUUCGAGAUGGAUUGGACAUGUAAGUUCUUUUUGUGGAAAACAACCAUAUGGGGCGAGCACAUGCAGGAAUCAUUGGAGAAACGACUUCCGGGUCAUGGAUGCUACGCCGGAAGGCAAUCCCACAUGUAUUCAUUGCUGGCACAGGAUGCGCAGGCAGCUUUUCAAGACCUACAAAACGUGUUGAUAGAGGCUGGAGAUGAAUGA